AUGGCUGAAAAGGAUCUUAUCGGCAUAUCAGCUCCAGUCGGCAUUGCGGAGCUGGCCGAGGUACUUUGCAGAUCCGACGAAUUAGACUUGGAGGUAUUGUUCCAAAAUAUCACCUCAUGGAAUGCAGCGGCUCACUUCCAGGAUGACCAUGAGAUGGGUGAUGUACCAAACCGACUUGUUGGGCUGAUUGCUGAGGCGAGUCACCGAUCCCAGUGGGAUCGAGCCUCCGUGGCCGUCUAUGCACUCACUGGCGUGACAUGCUUGCACAUGCAAGGCGUGACUGCAGCACUGCGUGAGGACACGCUGUUGCUGACAAAGCUGCAGCACUCUAUUGUGCUAGCCGUUGCUGCGUUCGGCGAGAUGCUUGAUGAUGCCCUGCUGGCUGGUUCUCAAGGUGCUUCGCCGUCCUCUACCGGGUUCACGGAGAAGCGGUCGCUCGCGGAGCUGGUGAGGUCUUUGGCAUCCUUACUGCUGGAGCUUCUCUCGGCGCUGCCAGCCCUAGCAGAGAUGUUGCUGGCCAUCCCAGACCUGCCAGGUGCAUUGCUUUGUGCUGCGAGCACCUCGCCGGCGACAUUGGGAAAUUCAUCAAGCCUGCUGUCCAGCUCUGUCUCCUUCGUGGUGCUACGAGCCCAACGAGCACUGGCAGAUCUGUUAACCUCAAUGUUGGAAGAAACAUCAACAGAAGUGCGAGCCGACCAGGAGCUCCGGCUUGGUGCUGCUGAGCCUGGGGCAUCUCGCUUGGUGGAGACGCUCAUCCUGUCGCGUCCUGAUCCGAAGCUGCAUCAACUCUUGCUGGAACUGCUGUGGCGGGCACUACGGCGAGUACCUUGUCCAGCUGGAAGUCUACAUGCCAAAGACGCGGCGCCUGCCAUGUGCUUGUUCCGAGAGCUGGCAGGCUCGAGACAGCAGCAGCAAUUGCAACAGGUGACAGGUGAGCAACUGCUGGAUUGGAACUUGGAUCUCGCGCUGCAAAUGAAUCGGCAUCCCAGUGAUGUUGUCAGUCUCUCGAACUGCGAAGUGGCAUGGGGGAGUUUCCGCGCGCACCAGUGCGUGGUGACUUUCUCAUCUUACAGCUUCGUGCUGGAAGGACUUCCAGAAGAUGAUCGGGAGGCAAUCGAAGUUUGCGAAGUACCCUGGGCAUAUGUUCGGAAUCCAGAUUUGGCCGUCGCUCGCGGCAUUCCACUGCAGUUUGCGGUCACGGCAGCACCAUUGGUGCAGCUCGGAGCUGUUGUGUCGACGGUGGCUUCCCAGUUGCUUAUGCCCGAAGCAGUUAUGACGAUCACAAGUUCGGCCAGCGAAACGGACGUUGGAGGCUUCCUAUUGGCAGCCAAUAGGCUGUUUCAAGGUGGACAUGAACGCUCCCAGGAUUUCAGCACCGCUGCCAACACGCAGGAUUCGCCUGCUGACGUCAGCAGCAACGAUGUCCUUGUCACUCCCAAGAAAACACGCUCGGCUGUUGCGGUGCUCACGCCUGGUGCCGACACGAUAGUCACGCCACCGCCGAGCCAGCUGACCUUGGAAAGACAUGGUCGGCAUGAUGGCAAGACGUCCUGCAGUCAACGAGGUGUGGCUUUGACCCUGAGCGUGGCAGAGCCGAACAAGGUGGAUGCGGCUCACACCCCAAUGAGGCAUGGCUCUCAGGACUUGCAUGCAACGGUGACAUGGGUUCGUGAAGAUGAGGUCUCGCACACGGGCCUGAAAGGGAUGGAGGUGGCUGCUGCUGGACUUGCACAGCUUGCCGCGACCACUUCGUCCGCAAGUGAGCAUGACGACAACAAUGUACCAGCAGAGAACGUAGUGGAAGGCAAGAGCGGAACGCCGCCAGCUGAUCCAGAAGAGCAGGAGUUGAGCAGCCAGCCAGGAGGAACAAGUGCUCGCAAGGAAUCCCAAGCGUUUGGAGCAGCAGAGAACUUUCCUUUCAGCGAGCAAGACCGACAGAUUCAGGCUGUUGAGACAUCAGCUGCGUUCGUGGCGACCGCUCCGUCGGAGAGUGGAGUGAUUCGAGACAACUUUGCGCCGGCAGUGCCACCGGCCGACCGAGAAGAGCAGGUCUCCGAGAGUCGUGUUUCCCAGCAUGUCCUGCAAGCAACGAAUGACUCCGUAGACCAGUGCGUGUUGGAGACAGCGGUCCGGCAAGAAGAGGCAGUUGCAGAAGCGGAAGAUCUACAGGCACUCACAACGACAGUGCAGCAUGCGAACGUGGUGGGAAGCAAGAGCGGAACGCCGCCAGCUGAUCCAGAAGAGCAGGAGUUGAGCAGCCAGCCAGGAGGAACAAGUGCUGGCAAGGAAUCCCAAGCGUUUGGAGCAGCAGAGAACUUUCCUUGCCAGCCAGUCAGCGAGCAAGACCGACAGAUCCAGGCUGUUGAGACAUCAGCUGCGUUCGUGGCGACCGCUCCGUCGGAGAGUGGAGUGAUUCGAGACAACUUUGCGCCGGCAGUGCCACCGGCCGACCGAGAAGAGCAGGAGACCCAAACAUCUCUCUCCGAGAGUCGUGUUUCCCAGCAUGUCCUGCAAGCAACGAAUGGCUCUGUAGAGCAGCGCGCGUUGGAGACGGUCGGGCAAGAAGAGGACGUCUUGAGGAGCUCAGAGCAAAAAGGAGAUGGAGAAGUCAACAAGGCGAGCGAGAGGACGGAGGUGCAUAUGACAGCUGUGGGCCAUGGGCUUGCUUCUUCUUUGCCCGAGGAGCAGGUCGAAGUUUAUGCAGGUGCAUGCAGGGAUCCUGACAGCUUUGCUCCGUGGGCUACUGGUGUCCAUGCGUUUGCUUUUCAGCCAGGCCUGUCUAGCAUGGCCCUGCACGAACUCCGCAAGGCAUGUGAGGAUCUGGGGUUACCGAGCAACGGAAGCAAGGAGGCAUUGAUGAAUCGGCUUACAUUCGAGAUCGAAGCAGCCGCAACUCCUCCUUGCACGCAGACUCAGAAUGAAACCGGUCCUGCUUUGGGAGGUGAUUUGGCCUUGCCAGACAGCCUCCCUGAGCCAGCGAUGGACACUGCAGGCCGACAGUGUGUACUUCAACCCGAAACGGUGCUUGAGUCGCAAGGCGUCGAUGGACAGAAGUUGGGGUCGCAAGGCGACCAGGAAGCUGCCAAACCUGACAUCCCAGCAAAGGUGGCGGGCGAAAUUGUACGUGACAAUCAGGAACCAGUGCCCGACUGCGUGCCUGAACAAGGUUCAGCAACACCUGCGGGAGAGAAGGUCCAACUUGCGGAGAAAGAAGGUGCCAAAAGAAAAAUGCCUCCUCCACCAGUUCCGAACAAGGCAAAGAAACCUCGCCGAUGGGACGCAAAGAGGAAGGGGAAGUACAUCGAGGAGCUGCAUAAGCUUACAGUCAAGGAGCUUCGCAGCUCUUGCCGAGAGAAAGGAAUCGACAGCAAGGGAUGUAAAGCGAAGUUGGUUGAACGUUUGGUGGAAGUGGAGAUUCAAUCCACGUCCAAGGACGUAGAAGUGCCUUCUCCUGAAGAAAGUGGGCUUUGGAUUCCGCCGACAAGGUCGCCGCUGCGAGGAGGUCAGGAGGCACUGCAAGCUAAACUUGAUGCACAAGAGCAGGAGGACCGUGCCUCCUCAUCUGCGACGCAAGCCGCUCAAGCGGCGGAUGCUGUGAGGGAAGUCGUGUCAUCCCUUGCGAAGAAACUGGGAGCCUUGCCUUUGGCCGAGCUCCGCGAUGCCUGCCGCGCACGGGGGCUGCCGGCCUCCGGCAGCCGCAGCGAGCUCGUGGGCCGCCUCGCAGCCCUGGCACCGCAGGUCGAGCCUGGCCAGUCACAAGACACUCAACCUGCACCUUCGGCGGAAGAGGUCCCUGCCAGCAUGGAAGGCCUCUCCUUGGUGGCUUUGCAAGCUGCCUGCCGCGCUUGUGGCCUCGAUGCUGCCGGUGACACAGCGGACCUCACAGCCCGGCUGGCCGUACAUGCGGCAUGCGAGGAGCCUAUUGGACCGGAGGAGGAGACCGAGGAGUUGCAGGGACAGCAGCAAAUUGUCGAAACACCCACCGAGCCCACCGAGGACCCCCUACAGGCCACGACUGAACCAGAGCCCUCGGAGUGUCUCGAUGCUGCAAUUGCGGACGUGGAAGCGGGCCGCGCCGCCAGUGGAGGAGCUGGCCUACUUGUGCAGCCAUCAGAGGAUAUUCAAGUGAAGGAAAUGCCUGUCACAGAGCAGCUGGACUUGGUGCCCUCACAGCUUUCGAUUCCUGCGGCUCAGCCAGAUUGGCCUUGGCAGCAGGGUGGGGCCGGGGCCAGCGGAUCCGAGACAGUGAGAAGUCCAGUGGACCUCUGCGCUUCACAGCCGUUAGACGAGGGCUUUCGUGCAGGCCUCAGGUUGUUGCACACAGCGGAGCUUCGGCACCUUUGCGAGCAACGCGGUCUGGCCUCAACUGGCGAGAAGAGAGAGCUGCUGAACACGCUGCUGCUUCACUUUGCCUGUGCCCCCCAGCCCACUCCGACCCAGAAUGCUCGCAGUUGCAUCUCGCAACAGCAUCAGCCUGCCCCUGUGCAAUCUGCCCCUGCCAGUGCAGCUGUUGUGACACCCGCUGCUUCCAAGUCCAAGACGAAGGCAGCGAGCCCUGCGCAACCCAAAGUGCCACCGCAGCCAUGCAUUGAUCCGGAGUCGGAGAAAUCUACAGCAGCACAACGUAAGCUGCAAACACAGCCAAAAUCUGCAGAAGCAAAUGUCAGCAAUAUGCAGACGGUGCAGACAACUCUCGUCAAAGAGGUUGAGCAGUUGCAACCCCUGAAGCCCGUGCAGCGAGCACCUCUCGCUCAUCCCUCAUUGCUGCGACGCCAGCGUGGCCCCGGACCCGGACCGGCAGUGGCUCCCAAUUUCUCUGCACUUUGGCAAUCAAUCAGCAAAUCACGACCCGGGCCCAAACAGCGAAGCGAGAAUGCUGAGAAGGCUGAUGCAGGUGUCGGUCUCACAGUGCCUCCUCCCGGCAUGUUGCCGGCCCAUAUGGGAGACAGAGUCAAAUCCCGGCAGACGCGGUCGCGCCGUCGGACACAAGCUGUGGGCUCCUGCCAUGCCUGGACCGUUGCAGGUGCUCCGUGCCGCAAUGCUGGACACAUCAAACCUGUUGGCGCUCGCUUUGUCUACUGCGCGAGGCACAGUCCCCGAUGGCCACGUUUCGAGACCGUGGGUGUCGAUGAGUUGAAGCCCCGCCCUGACAGCGAUAGCAGAUCCAGAAAGGGAGCGAAGGACCGCGCUGCAAGCGGCCUGGGCCUGCAACGUCACACUGCGAAGCUUCUUUCUCGACAAGAUGAAGAUGCAGCAGCUGCAGCGCCAGCGCCAGCGCCAGAGGCGAGACAUGAAAGGAGAGCAACAGUUCCAACAGCAGCACCGGAGUCGUCGGCUACUGCGAAGCUGGCAAAUGGCAUCCCGAGGAAGAAGCAAUCGGCCGCUCAGCUGUUAGCAGAGGCAUCGACGGGGAAGGCAUCCCACGACAAGGUGUCAAAGUCGGCACGCGGUGUCUCAAUCCGGGCGGCGGAGUCUUCAGCCUCAGCCUGCACAUCCGGACCGGUCGCUGCAGAGAAAGGCACCAACAACAGGAACGAGCGCAAAAGAGCAGCACCGAUGACCGAGGAACGUCCUGGAAAGAGAACCCGAGACAAGGCCAAACUUUCAGGGCUCUCGCAGCUCAUUGGGCUUUUGCCGAGGUCAGAGUCUUGA